CAUCUUUCUUGAAUUUUUUUUUUUGCAAUGCCUUCUCCACCAAAACCAUGGGAGAGAACUGGAACAGCUUCAAGAGUUGCGACAGUUCCAAAUAAUGGAAUACCAUUAACGAAUAUAACACAACAACAAACAUCUUUAACUAGUACGUCGACUAAUGAUGCACCUCCUGCCGUUCCUGCAAGACCUUCCACAAUGUCUUCAAGCUUCACAAAUAGAAAUUAUGGUACAGCCAGCGGAUAUGGUUCAGGAUACAGUCCAUAUUCAAAUUAUAGCUCAUACGGAGGAGGAUAUGGUUCACCAUAUAGUCGUUAUGGCUCAUCAUAUUCGUCAUAUUCUCCGUAUAAUCGAUAUGGCUAUGGCUCAUAUGGUUCAUAUGGUUCAUAUGGUUCACAUGGGUCAUAUGGAUCACCAUAUAAUCGGUUUGGAUAUGGAGGAAUGAUGGGACCAGGAGGAGGCCCGGGAGGCCCAGGAGUUCCGGGAGGUCCUGAGGAUAUGUCACUUACACAAAGAAUGGAAGCAAGUACAGCAGCAGGUUUUCAUAUGAUAGAAUCUGUAGUAGGAGCGUUUGGUGGAUUCUCACAAAUGUUAGAAUCUACUUUCUUUGCUACACAUUCAUCAUUUAUGGCAAUGGUUGGAGUAGUAGAGCAAUUUGGCAAUUUACGCAAUUAUUUAGGACAAGUACUGAGCGUAUUUGCUUUAAUUAGAUGGAUACGACAUCUAUGGUAUAAAAUUACAGGAAAAAGACCUUUAGUUAAUCCAAAUGAAUUAACUCCUGGUAAUUUCCAACAAUAUCAAGAAAAUACAAAAUAUUCCCGUCGUCCUAUAUUAUUUUUCAUACUUGCUGUAUUUGGUGUCCCAUAUUUAAUGCACAAGUUUAUUCAAGUUAUUUCAAGAAGACAUCAAGAACAACGACAAUUAGAUGGUAGUAUUCCACCUGAAAGCGCUGGCAAUAAUAAUGAAAUUAAUACUACUCCGAUAGUUCAAACAAACUCUUCACCACAAAAUUUCGAAUUUUGCAGAGCUCUUUAUGAUUUUAAAGGCGAAUCGUCUGUUGAAUUAAGUUUUACCAAAGGCGAAAUUAUUGCUGUAUUAAGUAAAACCGAUUUGUGGGGAAAUCCUUCACAAUGGUGGAGAGGAAGACUGAGAAAUGGUGAACAAGGAAUGUUUCCGUCAAAUUUUAUAGAAAUUAUUAAUAAAGGAGGUAAUCCUGAAAGUGGUAAAGAUAUUAAAGGAUUAUUACCUUCUUCCAACGAUAAUGUAAAUAAUAAUAAUGACAAGGAUAAAGAGUUAAGCAUUGAAGAAUUCGAGAAAACAAAAGUAGUAACCUCUUAAUAUGAUAGGAAAAGCAAGAAUUAACUUUUUAGAACUUUGUGUAUCGUUAUUCUUUUUAUUUGGGGUUUUUCCCACAAAAGACACUAAAAACUACUGUAUUUAAUGGUAUUCUUUAUUAAAUGCAAAAAAAAAAAAAUUGUAAUUUAUAUAAUAAAAAUUUCCACUUAUUUGAAUGUUUA